AUGUUAUAUAUGUUGGAGCGGGGAACUAACACUAGCACCACCAAUAGGGUUUGCUGAGGCCGUCACUGCAAGAGAGGCAAUUGAAGCUCUACACUUGAAGAACAAUGGCCGUCGGAAAAAACAAGCGCAUCUCCAAGGGAAAGAAGGGUGGCAAGAAGAAAGCCGCCGAUCCCUUUGCCAAGAAGGAUUGGUACGAUAUCAAGGCUCCUUCCGUCUUCCAGGUCAAGAAUGUGGGCAAAACCCUUGUCACUCGUACUCAGGGCACGAAGAUUGCCUCUGAAGGACUCAAACAUAGAGUGUUUGAGGUCUCACUUGCUGAUCUUCAAGGGGAUGAGGACCACGCCUUCAGGAAGAUUAGGCUGAGAGCAGAAGAUGUACAAGGAAGGAAUGUGCUCACAAAUUUCUGGGGAAUGGAUUUUACUACUGACAAGCUGAGAUCACUUGUAAAGAAGUGGCAAACUUUGAUUGAGUCUCACGUGGAUGUGAAGACCACGGAUAAUUAUACCUUGAGAAUGUUCUGUAUUGGGUUUACCAAAAGAAGGUUUAACCAGAUGAAAAGAACCUGUUAUGCACAGUCUAGCCAGAUUCGUCAGAUUCGUAGGAAGAUGAGAGAGAUCAUGACCAACCAGGCAACAUCCUGUGAUCUCAAGGAGUUGGUCCGUAAGUUCAUCCCAGAAAUGAUUGGUAAAGAGAUUGAGAAGGCUACAUCUAGCAUUUACCCUCUUCAGAAUGUGUUCAUCAGGAAAGUUAAGAUACUCAAAGCACCCAAAUUUGAUCUUGGGAAAUUGAUGGAGGUUCAUGGUGAUUACUCCGAAGAUGUUGGUACUAAGGUGGACAGGCCUGCUGAUGAACCAAUGGCUGAGGCUACUCCUGAAAUUGUUGGGGCUUAAGUGAUAAAUGGGGUUUUAGAUUGUUUUAGGAAUGCUCCUGCAUUUACUAGUAUUUAUUUACCAGUUUUGUUUUGACAAUGAGAAACAUAAUUUUGCUUUCAAUCUAAAUUUUUGAUUUUUUGUCUGCAA